CGGAUUUAACAGCCUUGACCACCAGUACCAAUCGUCAGCAUGGCAGACGUGCAGACUCUCGCAUCGGCCUCUUCGGCCGCCUCCGAGUCCGCAACCACUUGCACCACUGCUGCCAAUACUUGCUCUCCUUCUCCUGCAAUGUCGAGCUCCUCAACCCUGCCACAGACCACGACAGAAGCGGAUAUCGAGUCCAUCGAGGUUCCCAAGCCCGACGUAAACGAUCCUGCGACCUACAAGCGCAGCCAAGACCCAAACUGGAAGAACACGGGGCUAGACGACAUCUACGCCACUUGGGACAAGCUUGUACCUGUGGACGAGCUGCCCAAAUAUGAAGAAAUGGGUCUCUUUUUGGUCGAACACGACCCACAAACAGCUCGUGAGCUCGAGAAGGUUUUCGUACUCUUGCGACGCAAAUUCAAGUGUCUACCCAAGAAGUCCCAGAUGAAAUUUGUCCUUGGACUAUUAGUGCAAAAGGGUACAGCGCCUAAGGGCUUGGCACUGGAAAAGUUACUCGUCAAGAAGGCCCAGAAGAGUCAGUCGGGUGUCCUAGUCGUCACAGUGCUCACCAGUCCGUACCCGACCGUAAACGGCAAGAAACAAAAGUUCAGUUGCCAGUGGAACUGCUACUAUUGUCCCAAUGAGCCAGACCAGCCGAGAAGCUACUUGCACGACGAGCCGAGCGUGCUCCGAGCGAACCGGAACGACUUCGACCCAGUGCUGCAGUUUUGUGACCGUUGUGUGACGCUGGCGAUGAACGGCCAUCCAGUUGACAAGAUCGAGCUAUUAGUUCUCGGAGGAACGUGGGCCAGUUACCCUGUAGAAUACCAGGAGACCUUCAUCCGCGACUUGUUCUAUGCAGCCAACACUUUUUUCGACCGAGAGAAGCGUGAACGUCACAGCUUGGACGAAGAAAAGCUCGAGAAUGAAACAGCAGCGGUGAAGAUCAUCGGUAUCACGCUGGAGACACGUCCGGAUUGCAUCACGCCAGAAGAGCUGCGUCGAUUCCGGAGAUACGGAUGCACACGUGUGCAGCUCGGUAUCCAGCACACGGAUGAUGGUAUCUUGAAGAAGAUCAACCGUGGACAUACGUUAGCUCAAGCGGUACAGGCACUGAAGCUGCUGCGUGACUGUUGCUACAAGACGGACAUUCACUUGAUGCCGAACCUUCCUGGUAGCGACCCGGAAAAGGAUCGCGCAAUGUUCGAGUAUGUCCUGCAUACGCCGAAUUUGCAAGCUGAUCAGUGGAAGAUUUACCCGUGUGAGAUCACCCCUUGGACUGUAAUCAAGAAGUGGUACGAUGAAGGCAGCUACGUGCCGUACGGUGAUGACAAACUCAUUGAGUUGCUGAUGGAUGUGAAGGCUGAAGUGCACCCAUGGAUUCGUCUGAACCGUGUGAUCCGCGAUAUCCCGAGUCAGUACAUUCUAGGAGGAAUGGAUGAGCCGAAUCUGCGUCAAGUGAUUGGCAACAAGAUGAUCGAGCGAGGCACACCCUGUAAGUGUAUCCGAUGCCGUGAAGUGAAGACUGACGACGCUGCAAUUGCCUCUGCGGAGUGUGUCAUCCGUGAGUACGAGGCCAACGAAGGUGAUGAGUACUUCAUCAGCUUCGAGACUCCAGAUCGCUCCAAGAUUUGUGGAUUUGCUCGGCUGCGGCUCUCGCAAACUCCUGGUGGCGGUGUGUUUCCGGAGCUUGAAGAUGCUGCGUUGAUCCGAGAGCUCCACGUUUAUGGUCAACUAGUGGCUGCAAUUAGCAAGAAGAAGAAAAGUAGUACCUCGGUGGAUGCAGAAGGCUCUCACGCUCAACACACAGGCUUCGGUACGCAACUGAUGAUGAAGGCGGAGGAAAUCGCUCGAGCUCACGGGUACAAGAAGAUGGCUGUGAUUGCCGGUGUCGGUGUCCGGAACUUCUACAGACGAUUGGGUUUUGAAGUGGAGGGUGAAGGAGAACUGAUGAUCAAGCACCUCGAUGAGCUGCCACCGACAAACGUUUGGUCGAAGGUUACCUCGUUCGUUAACGAGAGUUUAAACCGUGAUUUCUCACCCAACCAGAUCCGUACAGCUGCUAUCGCGGGCGCUGUUAUCGUUAGUGCAGUGACGGCAGCACUAAUCCGGAGAAGAUAAAGCUUUUCUGACCAGAAGACAAAGGAACACGGCUUUAGAGAAGCUUGAAAUAAAGAAACGGUGAUUGAUUUUACCUGAAUCAAUGCAAAAUUUACGAGUAUCCAAUGAAAUAGCCCACCAGUUAGGAGAUGUGGACAAGACUUGACACCUUCUGCACGAUCUUGACCACCAUCUCGGGGUCACGUCUUGCCAUCU